AUGGAGACCAUGACGAAAUUGAAUCAAGACCACAAGGCAAAAGGUUUGUCCUCUCAACGUACUGACUGGCCUCAAGAAAAAACGAAGCCCAGAUUACUGGAACCUGUUACGUUUGAGGAUGUCAGUGUGGUCUUCACAGAGGCAGAAUGGAAGACGCUGAGCUCUGAGCAGAGGAUCUUGUAUAAAGAAGUGAUGCUGGAGAUGUACAGGAAUCUCCUCUCCUUGGCAGGAGCAAUGCCACAGAUCUACUCCUGUUUCUCCUGCCUUCUGGCUUUCUCUUGUCACCAGUUCCUCAGCCAGCAUGUGCUGCAGACCUUCCCAGGCUUAUACGCAGACCAUCACUGCCACCCUGGGGGAUCCAGCCCAGGGCGGCAGAAGCCAUAUGAGCAGCAGGAUUCUAAUGAGAGAUUUUGGAGUGAAAGUCCAGAAGUUAGCACAACGCUGGACUUGGAGGCUGACUCAGCCCAGAGAUUUGGAGCAGUCACCUACAGUGUGGAUGACCCAGACUAUGGGCUGAAGCCAGACUUCACCACAAGCCUCUUCCAGGAGAAGCCUAGCAUUUGUCGUGAGUGUGGACAAGUGUUUAAAUACAAGUCAACUCUGAUCAGACACCAGAGGAUCCACUCAGGGGAGAAACCGUAUGUGUGCAAGGAGUGUGAACGAAGCUUUACUCAAAAGUCCUCUCUUCUCACACACCAGAUGAUACACGCAGGGGAGAAGCCUUACAUGUGCAAGGACUGCGGACGAGGCUUUACCCAGAGGUCACAGCUCCGCACACACCAGUGGACACACGCUGGAGAGAAGCCUUACAUGUGUGUGAAGUGUGGGCAAGGCUUUACGCAUAAGUCACAUUUCAUCAGACACCAGAGGGUACACUCAGGUGAAAAACCUUACGUGUGCCUGGAGUGCAGGCGAGGCUUCUCCCGAAAGUCAGUCCUCCUCCUGCACCAGCGGACACACUCAGGGGAGAAGCCACAUGUGUGCAAGAAUUGUGGGCGUGGCUUUACCCAGAGGUCGAAUCUCAUCACACACCAAAGGAUACACUCAGGUGAGAAACCUUUCCAGUGUCUGGAGUGUGGGCGUGGCUUCACCCAGAGGUCAAAUCUCAUCACACAUCAGAGGACACACUUAAGUGAUAAACCUUACACUUGCCCAGAAUGUGGCUAUGGCUUCACUCAAAGUUCAUCUCUCCUCAGACACCAAAGGUCGCACUCUGGGGAGAAACCUUUUGUGUGCCCAGAAUGUGGGCGUGGCUUUACCCAGAAGUCAAAUCUCAUGACACACCAGAGGACACACACCCAGGAGAAGCCUUACAUGUGCCUGGGAUGUGGACGCGGCUUUACCCGGAAGUCAAACCUCGUCAAACACCAGAAGACCCACUCAGUGGAGAAGAGGAUUUAA